UAGGAGAAAAGAAAGUACGUGGUGGCCACGGCCAUGAAAAUCAUACAGGAUUCGUCGCAAUUGUAUAAGAACCUCUAAAAACUCAUGAAACUUAAAACCAGUGAUCCAAAUCUCUCAUCGAAUUUAAGGCGUUCACAUGCAAACAAACAGUCACCAUAACUAUUUUGAUUUAAUCGUGAAGACUUUGUUCUUUUCUUCGUUUACUUUCUUAUAAAUGUUUUUAAGAUUAUAAUCUUGCAUGACCGAAAGAAUAAAAAAAGAAAAAAAGGGUCGAAGGUUUAAGACCAGAACAACAAUGGCGUUAGCCACUACAUACAAAGUGGUUCUCGGCUCAAUAGCCUUUGCAAUCUUCUGGGCAUUAGCUGUUUUCCCUGCCGUCCCACUUUUACCAAUCGGAAGAACCGCCGGGUCUUUACUCGGUGCCACGCUUAUGGUUUUAUUCAGAGUAAUAACCCCAGAUGAAGCUUAUGCCGCCAUUGAUCUACCAAUCUUGGGUCUUUUAUUCGGCACCAUGGUCGUUAGUGUUUAUCUCGAAAGAGCCGAUAUAUUUAAGUAUUUAGGUAAUUUGCUUUCAUGGAAAAGUAAAGGAGCUAAGGAUUUAAUCUGUAGAAUUUGUUUGGUUUCUGCGAUUUCAAGUGCUUUUUUCACUAAUGAUACUUCCUGUGUGAUAUUAACUGAGUUUGUAUUGAAAAUUGCAAGGCAACAUAAUUUGCCUCCUCACCCAUUUUUGUUAGCACUUGCUUCGAGUGCUAAUAUAGGUUCUUCGGCUACUCCGAUUGGGAAUCCACAGAAUUUGGUGAUUGCUGUUCAAAGUAAGGUUUCUUUCGGGGAUUUUCUUGUUGGGGUUUUGCCGGCUAUGCUGGUUGGUGUCUCGGUGAAUGCUUUGAUACUUAUAAUUAUGUAUUGGAGAUUGUUAUCUGUUCAUAAAGAUGAAGAAGAUGGGACUGGUGAAAUCGUGGGUGAAGAUGAUGUGAGUUCACAUCGGUUUUCGCCGGCCACAAUGUCACAUAUUUCAGCUUCGAAUUCAAUGGAUCAUGUUCAGAGCUCUCCUAAUAACAUUAAUGGAAGUUUAGCAACUCACCUUGACAGCAUUAGGAACCGAAUCAACUCGGGCGAUCAACUUGAAAGCCAGAGGUCACCUUGUGGUUCGAUUGAUUCAAAUGAUAUAUCAACGCCGGCUCAAUUUUCAGAGGAAAAAGAAUCAAAAACAGAGCAUUGGAAGAACAAGAUGUGGAAAUUCUGUGUUUAUUUAGUCACUAUUGGGAUGUUGGUUGCUUUGCUUAUGGGUUUGAAUAUGUCAUGGACAGCCAUUACAGCAUCAUUGGCACUUGUUGUUCUUGAUUUUAAGGAUGCAAGGCCUUGCUUGGAAAAGGUAUCGUAUUCGCUUUUGAUUUUCUUCUGUGGAAUGUUUAUUACGGUGGAAGGGUUCAAUAAAACUGGGAUUCCAAGUACUCUUUGGAACUUUAUGGAACCCUAUGCCAAGGUCGAUCGUGUUUCCGGGAUUGCGGUUUUAGCUGUCGUUAUUAUUCUCCUCUCCAAUGUGGCUUCCAACGUACCAACCGUUCUGUUGCUUGGAGGAAGAGUGGCAGCAUCAGCCGCGGCGAUAUCAGCAAGUGAAGAGAAGAAAGCAUGGCUGAUAUUAGCAUGGGUGAGCACGGUAGCCGGAAACCUGUCGUUGUUGGGAUCGGCGGCGAACUUGAUAGUAUGUGAGCAAGCUCGUCGAGCACCACAUCUUGGCUACACAUUGUCUUUCUGGAAUCACCUUAAAUUUGGAGUUCCUUCUACGCUUAUAGUCACUGCAAUUGGUUUGACACUAAUUAGAUGAUUAUUACAACAUAAACAGAAUUAAUUAUAAAUUGGUUAAAAUAUGUCAUAAGCAUCCGACCAAAUCCUUAAAGCCUAGAAGACAUAUUCCCCAGAGCUCUGAGAGAACAUUGGAUGCUCCUGAUCUCGUCGACGAUUUUUACCUGAAUUUAUUGGAUUGGGGCAGCAGCAAUGUACUAGCAAUAGCACUCGGGAACACUGUGUAUAUGUGGGAUGCUUCAGAUAGUUCUACUUCAAAACUUGUCACUGUUGAUGACGAAAACGGACCAGUAACAAGUGUGAAUUGGGCUCCUGAUGGUCGGCAUAUUGCCAUUGGCUUGAACAAUUCCGAAGUACUACUAUGGGAUUCGACUGCCAACCGACAGCUGCGUACUCUGAGAGGUUGUCACAGAUCAAGAGUGGGUUCAAUGGCAUAGAACAAUCACAUUCUCAGAACAGGAGGAAUGGAUGGUCAGAUUGUUAACAACGAUGUGAGAAUUAGAUCCCAUGUUGUCGAAACUUACAGAGGCCACCAGCAAGAGGUUUGCGGGCUGAAAUGGUCGGCUUCCGGGCAACAGCUAGCCAGCGGAGGCAAUGAUAAUGUUGUUCACAUAUGGGAUAGGUCCAUGGCAUCUUCAAAUUCACCAACUCAAUGGCUACACAGGUUGGAGGAGCAUACCUCAGCUGUCAAAGCCCUUCCCUGGUGCCCUUCCCAGAGCAAUUUGCUGGCCACAGGUGGAGGUGGCGGCGAUCGAACCAUAAAAUUUUGGAACACACAGACUGGUGCAUGCUUGAAUUCAGCUGAUACCGACUCCCAGGUUUGCUCAUUGCUAUGGAGCAAGAAUGAGAGGGAGCUAUUGAGUUCCCAUGGGUUUACUCAGAAUCAAUUAACUCUUGGGAAAUAUCCAUCGAUGGUGAAGAUGGCAGAGCAAACGGGUCAUACAUCUAGAGUACUUUACAUGGCUCAAAGCCCUGAUGGGUGCACAGCGGCAUCAGCAGCAGGGGAUGAGACUCUAAGAUUCUGGAAUGUUUUUGGGGUCCCAGAAGUGGCUAAAACUGCUCCGAAAGUGAACCGUGAGCCAUUCUCUCAGUUGAACCGUAUCCGGUAAUGAAGAAAAAGACUAGGAGUGGUGGCGGUGCCGUUGGAUUCUUUGUUUUGUAAAGUUUUUCCUCUGAUGGCAUGUGUAGAGUAAUGUUAGGGAUAGUGGGAUAAAUUGUGCAUCCCCGUGUACAUUAUAUUUUCAACUCCUUAUUGAAAUUGUUUCCUACUCUUGAAUUUUUAAUCUGCUGACAUAUUGAAUUGGAUAAUUGAAAGAAAGUCUUAUAUUAAAUUUUAUAAUUAUUAUAUAAGCUUUAUGAAAA